AUGUCGGAUCCAGAUGUUAAAAAGGCUAUUGAAGCACAUAGACAGAAAACUGUUAUGGCGAACCAACAAAUUAGCGUAUUAAAUUCUCAAAUAGAGUCGCUUAACAUAAAGUUCAGGCGGUCACAAUUAAUUGAGAGUGAAUUAGUUACCUUGCCUGAAGAUGUAGCUACUUACAAAGCAUGUGGGAGAAUGUUCAUCAGGAAGACUAGGGAAACUCUAAUUGAAGAUAUAAAGAAGGACAGAGACAAGGUCACUGAUUCUAUUGAGAUUUCUCAGACACAGUAA